UCUCAUUCCUUAAUUUCGUCUAACAAUCAUGGAGAAGCAAACUGAGACAAAACCUUCAGAGAGCACAGGGAAACCCAUACGGUGCAAAGCUGCAAUAUGCAGAAAUCCAGGUGAAGCUCUAGUGAUAGAAGAAAUUGAAGUAGCUCCACCUCAAGCCUGGGAAGUUCGAAUCAAGAUACUCUGUACCUCUCUUUGUCACAGUGAUGUUACCUACUGGAAGAUGGCAAGACCCUCUGGGACUUUCCCAACAAUUUUUGGGCAUGAGGCAGUUGGAAUUGUGGAGAGUGUGGGGGAACAUGUAGAGGAAAUACAGAAGGGAGACACUGUGGUUCCAGUGUUCUUAGCUGAUUGUGGAGAAUGCAAAGACUGUAAGUCAGAGAAGAGCAAUAUCUGCUCCAAGAUCCCUUUUGGGGUUGAUCCAGGGAUGCCAAGGGAUGGAAGUAGCAGAUUCAAGGACUCCAAGGGUGAAGUGAUCAACCAUUUCUUGUCUGUGUCAAGCUUCUCUGAGUAUACUGUGGUGGACAUAAUUCACUUGGCUAAGGUCACUCAACCCAUCCCUGUUGACAAGGCUUGCUUGCUCAGCUGUGGUGUUUCCACUGGUGUGGGGGCAGCAACAAAGAUUGCCAAAGUGGAAAAAGGGUCCACAGUGGCCAUUUUUGGACUUGGAGCUGUUGGACUCGCGGUUGCAGUAGGAGCAAAAUUGAAUGGAGCUUCAAAGAUUAUUGGUGUUGAUCUGAACCCAGAAAAAUCUGAGAUAGGAAUGAAGUUUGGAAUCACUGAUUUUGUGAACCCAAAGGAGUGUGGGGAGAGACAUAUUAGUGAGGUGAUUGCGGAAAUGACAGAGGGAGGAGCUGACUAUUGCUUCGAAUGUAUUGGGUUGGCUCCUGUGAUGGAAGAUGCCUUCGCUAGUUGCAGAUCUGGCUGGGGAAAGACAGUGAUUAUUGGGGUGGAGAUGCAUGGAGCGCCCAUUAGCGUCAACUCUUUCGAGAUCCUCAAAGGGAAGAGCAUCGCUGGUUCCUUGUUUGGAGGAAUCAAAGCCAAAUCUGAUAUUCCUCGCCUCGCCAAAAUGUACCUUGACAAGGAGAUUGAUUUGGACAAGUUCAUAACGCACGAGGUGGGCUUCAAAGACAUAAACAAAGCUUUUGAUUUACUCCUUCAAGGGAAGAGUCUCCGCUGCAUUAUAUGGAUGCACACUUAGAUCCAUGCCAUC